CCCACCCCACUGCCCGAGCUAUCCAGCCGCCGCUCCUCUGCACCAUUUCUCCCCCAAAUCCACGUCUUCGUCGCCGCCAUUAGCCUCUUCCUCCGUCACCCGAAGCGCAGAUCCCCACCACACGGCGAGGCGGUGGCAGUCGGCGGCGUGGUCGGGGUCUUUGUCGAGGACGGCGGCAUCGGUGGCGCGGCCAUGGAGCAGGAGGUCGCUGGUGGAUCCAUCACGGCGGAAUGGGCGUCGCUUCAGCGGGACCUCGUCCAACUCGUUGCCGACUGCGUCCUCUCCACCAGCGGCGUGGACGGGUACGUGCCCAUGAGGGCCGUCUGCCCCAGCUGGCGCUCUGCCGUCGCCAAGCCAUCUCCGCACGCCGCGGUCGCCGACCCCCGUUUCCGCCCGCGCCAGUGGGUCGUGCUCCACGGGGCGGACGACGACCAAGCCCGGCCCCUCUUCCUCGACGUCUCCACGGGGCGCUUCCGCCGCCUGCGCCGCCCGGUGCUCGGUGACUACAUCCUCAUCGGUGCAUCCGACGGUCUCCUGGUCCUCGGGGACAGGGAGCGCCCGCAUGCCGCUCGUCUCCUCAACCCAUUGACUGGUGACAUGCUUCCCUUCGCAGCGCCGAUACCUCCGGAAGAUUGGGUGAACACUGCAAUCGUUGGCUCUGAACCAACGAUUAUCUUCGCUUUCGAACCGGAACAGAGCGAGUACCAAGAUAUCCCGGCUUAUUGUUCUUUGCAGCAAGGCAGUGACGCCGUUUACUCUGCUGAUCCUACGGGCCAGCUCCGUGCAGUGAAGUUCCAUGAUGCUGCUUACGACAAGGAAAACUUGCUCUACCUUCAGAGCAUGGUCACCCAUGCAGGCAAUGUUUACGUGCUCAUUUGUGGAGGAACUUUGUGCAAGGUUGUUUGGACCGGUGGCCACUGGUAUGCAGAGCUGAUAAUGGAGAUUGACAUGCCCAAGCACUGCUACACUGGUUGUCUCGUGGAAUUUGCCGGUAAACUGCUGCUUGUUAAUGAUAAAGUCGAAACAAUUGAACUUCUCUGCGUGGAUGUCAACCGCAAGGUACUUGAACCAAUCCAAAGUAUCGGCAGAUGCGCUCUCUUCCUAAGUGUUGGCAAGUGUAUGGUUGUUAACGCAGAUAAGCUUCCUACAAUCAUGCGCAACUGCAUCUACAUGAAUUUUAAUGAUACAACAUACGUCUGUAUGACCUCAGUGAUGGUAGGAAAACAUACAUCACCAACCCCCGGCUGCCUGCAGAUGGUCCUCGAGCUGAAAGUGAUAUCAUUCAUGAAAGCCCUUUGAGCCUUGCUCUGGUUCUCCUCACUCCGCAUCCAAGAGUUAAAGCUCAACUAGAUCGUAUCCAGCAAAUCUAAUGUGUACGCCCUUAGUAUUUCAUGACUUGCUCAACUUCAAAUGUCAUGCUGUGACCUGCAUGGAAAGAGACUGAAACUGAAUUCCCUCACUGGUAGUUUACUUUCUUGCUGGACUGAACUGCAGAAUGCCAAGAUUGGUUUCUUGCUGGGCACAAGUUGCUGCAGCAUCAUGCCGCUCAUGCUCUAAGCAGGAGCUACAGCUGGGUUGAUCCUUACACAUUUGCACCUGGGGAGUUGCUGAAGACUUGGCGGCAUUCUGUCUGGCUGUAAAGUCUGCAACUAAAUUUCAAACAACUGUGUGAGUAUGAGAACGGCACGUUGAUUAUGAGCUUCACCAGUCUCUCUUAACUGAUCAAGAUGUCUCUUUGCCUUUGGAAGAACACACCUUCUGCUGAAUGGAUGGUGGAUGGCGGGACUUUCCCAGGGUUGUCUGAGUCCCGCCAUCCACCUGCCACCUCUUUUAGGAAUUCAAGGAUGGUUGGUGCAUUGACAAAGAUAGUUCUUCUGGAGUUGUGUUUCCUUGGAGGUGACUGGCAUUGGUCGAGAACCAGCUCUAUGGGUGAGUUUAGAGCAGGCUCUUUUGCGUUGGAGCUUGUAUUAUGGGCGUUUGAGUUAAGAGUGGUGUUUGCUACUCACUGCGUUGUGGCGAGAGCUUGUCCGAAUUUCUUGUAAUUUACCCUCUGCCUUCUAUAAAACUAAGGCAGUCCAUUUGCAUGCACUAAAAAAACACAGCCAGCA